AGAUGCUGUGAUACUUAUGAAAGUGGCCAUGUCAGUGGCAGUGGUGACAUUCCAGCGGAUGAGGAGGGAAGAGAAGGAGUUGAAGGAAGUUGCUGCACCAUACCGAUCUGAGGUCUCACCUUAUGCUCAGCAAGGAGGGGAAUUCCCACCUGAAGUACGACAGUGGGUGAAUUCGAUCUGUCGAUCCAUCCCUAAUCCCACCGUAUCCCACACGUCUAAAGUCAUCGUUUUGGGAGACAUUGCUGUAGGGAAAACUUCUCUUGUCAACAGGUUUUGUUAUGAGGUGUUUGACACUCAAUACAAGGCAACCAUUGGAGUUGACUUUGAGGUGGAGCGCUUCACGGUUCUAGGUGUUCCAUUCCACAUACAAUUUUGGGAUACAGCUGGAGCUGAGAGAUUUCGUUGCAUCGCUGCUUCCUACUAUCGAGCUGCUCAGGUAAUUGUGGUGGUGUAUGACAUGACGGAUCUCUUGACUCUGGAACACUGCCAGAAGUGGCUCAAUGAUGCCCUCGAUGCCUCUUCUCCUUCCUCCUCUGCGAAGCCACUCGUGUUUCUUGUUGGCACCAAAAUGGACUUGAUGGCAACUGAGGCAAUUGGUGCAAUUGAAUCCAGGGUGACAGAAAUGUGCGCCCUCUUGGGAGCCGAGAUGUGGUCGGUGUCGGCCAAGACCGGAGAAAACAUCUCACAGCUAUUCUCCCGCAUCGCCUCGUUGGCAUUUCUGACCUAUGUUCGUUCCGACACAGAAGAGCGUAAGAACUCUGCAUCGGCAACCAUUGGAAAUCAUUCCAUCAAAUGGUUUGGUCCAAGCUAUAAAGGGGAUUUGGAUCUUCCCCCGCAAUUCACGAGCCUGGGCCAUCGUCCAGACGAUGAGAGUGUGGGCGAGGCCACCGAAUGGGAUCGCGUGUUCGCCGUGUACGUACGCGGGCGCUACUUUAUACGAACUGACUCCCAAGUAGAUAAGUACCGGAUUCGCAUUCGCAUUGGCAAAAUGCAUCGACGCAUUCCUACCAAGACGCAGAACGUCCAUGGUCCAGCCCAGAGACAAGAUUCGAAGAAGAAAAACACCUGGGAAAAAUUCGACCCAACCGGAAGAAAGACCCUUCGCGCCGUAAGCGUCCAGCGGGCCAAUCAUGCGGACCCGCAGGCCUCCCAGGUAGAUGAUGGCUUUGCACGAUGCGAUGUGCCCGGUCGCAUUCCCAUCAAGCCGCAGAAUGCCCAUGAUUUCAUCCCAGAGGCAAGACUUGAAAGAGAAACGCACGAGAAAAAUUCGGCCCGGCCCGACCCGACCCCGAAGAAGAAGCUGAGAGAUCCCUCGCCCGAAACGACCCGCGGCUCGGGGGUCUGCCGAUUGGGCAGAUCCGCAGCCUGCGCAGGCUACCAGGUGGAUGAAGUGAUUUAA